UAAAUAAAACAAUAAAAAUAUCACCGGUUUACAGCUCAAACCAGAUCAACACUGGAACCCGCUGACCCAUAUCUGACCAAGGUUACACUCGCUGGUUUCCCCGCUUUUUCAAUUCCCAAACAGGGAAAGCAUACAAAAAAUUCGACGGAAAAUUCAUGCAAAUGGAAGAAGAACAAGGAAAAUAAGGGAUUUUCAGGCUGUAAAUGAAGAAUAAAGCACUCCAUCAGCUUCACAAGUUCUAUCAAAUUGGGAUCGUGUCUCGGGUUCCCCAAAGCGAAAACAAGAUGAGUUUGAGACAGUUUUGAAAUUUGGAGUUGGAAUUGCGUUUUUAAUUCAACUUCAGGAUAAAUGAAGGCUGGGAGCGCGGCCAAGCUGAUUGUUGAUGCGCUGUUGCAGCGUUUCCUUCCACUUGCCAGGCGUCGCAUCGAAACAGCUCAAGCACAAGAUGGGCAAUACCUUCGACCAUCAGAUCCUGCUUAUGAGCAAGUGUUGGACUCUUUAGCUAUGGUGGCUCGGCAUACACCUGUACCUUUAUUGGAAGCUCUAUUACGGUGGAGAGAAAGUGAAUCACCAAAAGGUGCAAAUGAUGCUUCAACAUUUCAGAGAAAGCUUGCAGUAGAGUGUAUCUUUUGCUCAGCAUGUAUUCGCUUUGUGGAGUGUUGCCCGCAAGAAGGACUUACUGAAAAUCUAUGGAUUGGACUUGAAAAUUUUAUCUUCGAUUGGCUUAUUAAUGCUGACAGGUAAAUGAUUAAGCUAAAUAUAGAAAUUGUUGCAAGUACUGGCUCGUCAUGUUU